AACCUUUGGAUGACAACUCCCAACGGUGGGUCCCGCACCCAACGAACAUCCUUUCCCCUUGAAAAAGCAGAACAAAGCAGAACUGAACUGGACUGACUACUCUGUUUCAGUUACAGGACGACAGUUAAGAGUUUAGUCCGCCAGUUAUAACUGAAUUUUAAGAUUACGGCUCACGCAGAAUCUUCUAGAUCUUUCUUUAUGGCUGCCGAGACCGCCAGAUCCACCGGCACGGUCAAGUGGUUCAGCGCGCAGAAAGGGUUCGGCUUCAUAUCCCCGGAGGACGGCGGCGAGGACCUCUUCGUUCACCAGACUUCGAUCCAGUCCGACGGCUUCCGCACCCUUUCCGAGGGCCAGGCCGUCGAGUUCCUCGUCGAAGUCAGCGAAGACGGCCGCACCAAAGCCGUCGACGUCGUCAACCUCACCCGAUCCCGCCGUCCUGGCUUCGACCGCGGAGGACUCGGCCGCGGCGGCCGUAGGGGCAGAGGCCGCGGUGGUUAUGGGAGGUCUGGCGGAGGCCCGGAGGAAUAUAGUGUCGCCAGAGGCGGAGGGAGGGGUGACGGUUAUGGCGGUCGUGGAGGUUAUGGUGGUGGUGGUCGUGGCGGUGGUGGUGAGUGCUACAGUUGCGGUGAAAUUGGGCAUUUGGCGAGGGACUGUUACGAGGGCAGUGGCGGGGGUGGGAGAUUUGGCGGCCGUGGGAGAGGUGGAGGUAGAGGCUACGGUGGCCGUGGUGGCGGCCGGGGGCGUCGUGGUGGUGGUUGUUAUAAUUGUGGAGAGGAAGGGCAUUUGGCAAGGGAAUGCGCGCCCUAAUGAUCAGAAGUGAGAAUUGGGUUGUGUUAGACUCAAAGCUGCCACAUGCAUUGGAUUGGUAUAUAGAUUUCUGUGGUCUGCUGCGUGUUUUGGGUGCUUAAUUGGUGAUUAUUUCUGCAGGGUUCAUGUUCAACACAUUUGGUGACUUCUUUCUUGUUAGUAAUCUUUACUCAUUUUGUAAUGUGGUGAUUAUUUCUACUGCAUCAAUUAGAUAGCAGUUUUUCUCCAUCUAAUUAAUGCUUGCGGAUAUGGUCGGAUAGUUUUUUCUUCUUUCUCAUUCAUUGUUAUCCUCCCCAUUUUUAUGUCUCUCUUGUUGUUCAAUACGGAAUUAAUUGAUGAAAGGUGAAGUCCUUGAUCAGAAUGUGUCA